AUGAGCGCGGGUACGUUCUGGCGAAGAUGUUCUAAUGUUCUGGCGCGGGUACGUUCUGGCGAAGAUGUUCUAAUGUUCUGGCGCGGUGGGCUGAAUUUCCAAGACCUGAUGGCCCGUCAGGGCGCCAUCGACUCGCCGCCGAAGACUCCUUUCAUCCUGGGCUUCGAGUGCGCAGGAGAAGUCGCAGAAGUUGGCGAAGGCGUUGAGAACUUCAAGGUGGGCGACCGCGUGGUGGCGCUGCCGGAGUACCGCGCGUGGGCCGAGCUGGUGGCAGUGCCGGCAAAGUACGUCUACCCCAUCCCCGACGGCAUGUCGUUCCUGGACGCCGCCGCCAUCACCAUGAACUACAUCGUCGCCUACAUCCUCGUUUUCGAGCUCGGCGGCGUGGCCUCUGGGAAGAGCCUAGUGCUGCACUCUGCCGGCGGCGGCGUGGGCCAGGCGGUGGCGCAGCUGUGCCGCACCGUGGACGACGUGACGGUGUUCGGGGUGGCGUCCAAGGGCAAGCACGAGGCCCUGACGGCCGGCGGCAGCCUGACGCACGUGCUGGAGCGCGGCGGCGACUACGCCAGCGAGGUGCGCAAGGCGGCGCCCGAGGGCGUGGACCUGGUGCUGGACUGCCUGCGUUUAGAAUUGUUAAAAAUUCGUCAUACCCGACAUACGUCGAUAUUAACUGGUUACUAUUUUCAAAAUAAAAAAAACAUUGAUUCUUCUUUCCAGUGGUGGCAAGUGGACAAAGUUUCGCCGAUCAAACUUUUCGAAGAAUCAAAGAGCAUUGGAGGCUUUAAUUUACGCCAUCUGAUGUACCAGCAGAAUGGCGCUCCCUACGUUCAAGGCAUUGUCAGCAAAGUGUUCGAUCUGUGGAAAGAAGGGAAGAUCAAGCCUGUUGUAGAUUCCACAUGGGCUCUAGAGGAUGUUCCGGAAGCCAUGCAGAAGAUGCACGAUAGGAAAAACAUUGGAAAGAUUGUACUGGAUCCCAACAUGGAGCCUAAACCCAAACCGGCAACUCCCGCCAAAGGAAAAGCGAAGGGAGGAGACAAAGAUGAUAAAAAGAAGGAGGAAGAGAAGAAAGAAGAAGAUAAAAAGGAGGAAAAGAAGGAAGAAAAUGGAGAGCAGGCUGCACCUGCUGGUAUGAAUGAUCUUAUAUUUGCGUGAUCGAUCUGUAAAGACAUUAAAUAACCAAAGAGAGAAAAUGCUGAGAAAGAGGCCUCGAGUUGAAUGCAUGAUGAAUGGGAAAGUGCUUAUGUUAAAAUCGACCACAUAUUGAAAUUUGUGCAGUGUUAUAUUUUUGUGUAAGAUAUUAGCAUAAUAUAUUUAUUUUGUCUAUAUAUAUUACAAAUAGAAAUGAUUUUACAUGUGUGUUUGUGGGAAUAAAUGCUUUGUAUGGGAGAUGUGUGUCACCGCCACGUCAAAACUAUCUACUACGUACACAUUCUGCCAAACACGACACACGGGUUUUUUGACAAUUUUUCUAACGAUUGCUUACACAAUCACUUAUUCAUACAAAAAAUUAUUUUUCAAACUAGUUUGGACAUACAUUUAGAUUCUGUGAAAAUCCUUUCAUACUGCUCUAGUGAUAUUUUGGAAGUCUAUUUUGUACUGUGGGUGACUCAAGCACAUACAUUGAGGGGGCCUACUUUUAAUGGUAGUUUGCGAGUUGGGACUGAAGUCACGAGUUUUCAAGUCCGUAUGCCUAUACUUUAUUUUCUCUUAUACUUCUGCUUUGAAUGUGAUACUUGGACUUCUGUACAUGCGGUCCAAUUGUAUGUAUACCCAAGCAAGUGUAGAAUUGUUACUGUUACUGCUGCCAAAUGCCUGUUCACGUUUCAUUCUGAUGUUUGUCUGCUUGUUGGUGUGAUGACAAUGUCGGCGAGGAUGCAGAUGAGUUUGUUUCUGUGUCAACAUUUGCAUAUAUUGCUGUUAAUCUAUAUCAAUUUUGUGAUUAUAGUAUCUUAAGCUCUGUGUUGAGUUGAUUACUCUGCACUAUAAGAAUUAAGAUUGUGUGCUUAAUUUGCUGCAUGUCUGAGACGGAAGAUGACUCAAUAAAAUCAACUGGACGACUGUAUAU